AUGAAGCUGAAGAUACCAAACCCGGGACUGGAUGAUCGGAUCCCCUCUCAUAAGGACCUGGAGAGGAUGGAAGAGGAGGAAGCAGGAGACAGGCCCAAAUGGGACAACAAAGCCCAGUAUCUGCUAACCUGUGUGGGGUUCUGCGUAGGACUUGGCAACGUUUGGAGGUUCCCUUACCUGUGUCAAAGCCAUGGAGGAGGAGCAUUUAUGAUCCCAUUCCUUAUCCUUCUGGUUUUGGAGGGAAUCCCACUGCUGCACCUGGAGUUUGCUAUCGGUCAGCGUCUGAGGAAGGGCAGUGUGGGAGUGUGGAGAUCAAUCCAUCCCUGCCUGGCUGGAGUUGGUAUUGCAUCCUUGCUUGUCUCGUUUUUAGUGGGCAUGUACUACAACACUAUUAUGGCUUGGAUCAUGUGGUACCUCUUCAACUCCUUUCAGGAUCCUCUGCCUUGGAGUCAGUGUCCUCUCAAUGCUAACAAGACAGGUCUGGUGGAAGAGUGUGCACGGAGCACUACUGUUGACUACUUCUGGUACAGGGAUACUCUAAACAUUUCAACAUCUAUCAAUGAGUCUGGAGGUCUGCAGUGGUGGAUAGUGCUCUCCCUGGUGGCUGCCUGGACAGUGCUCUAUGUCUGCUGCAUCCGAGGGAUUGAGACCACUGGCAAGGCUGUGUACGUCACCUCCACUCUACCAUACUUGGUUCUCACCAUCUUUCUGAUCAGAGGGUUGACUCUAAAAGGCUCUUUAGAAGGAAUCAAAUUCCUCUUCACACCAGAUGUGAAUGAGUUAAUGAAUCCAUCUACCUGGUUAGAUGCUGGCGCUCAGGUGUUCUACUCCUUCUCUUUGGCUUUUGGAGGUCUCAUUUCCUUCUCUAGUUAUAACUCUAUUCACAACAACUGUGAGCAGGAUGCCGUUCUCAUCUCCAUCAUCAAUGGCUGCACCUCAGUGUACUCUGCAACGGUUAUCUACUCAAUUAUUGGCUUCAGGGCCACACAAAAAUAUGACGACUGCGUUGCAGACAACAUCUUGAAGCUGACAAAUGCCUUCAACUACCCUGAAAAUGGCAUCACGGAUAGCACCUACAAUGAGAUCCUUACACAGCUCAACCAGACAAGUCCAGAUAUCAUUAGCGGAUUGCAUCUAGAAACCUGUGACAUUCAGACUUUACUCAGUCAGGGUGUAGAGGGAACAGGUCUGGCAUUCAUCGUGUUCACAGAGGCCAUCAUUAAGAUGCCUGUUUCCCCUCUCUGGGCUGUCCUUUUCUUCGUCAUGCUGUUCUGCCUUGGCCUCUCAACUAUGUUUGGGAGCAUUGAGGGAGUAAUUGCUCCAUUGCAGGACCUUAAUGUGUUGCCUAAAACGUGGCCCAAAGAAGUUAUCUGUGGUCUGACAUGCUUAAUCUCAUUUGCCCUUGGGCUCAUAUUUGCCAUGCGUUCUGGAAACUACUGGUUAGCUCUUUUUGACAACUUUGCCGGCUCUAUCCCUCUUCUGAUCAUCGCAUUCUGUGAAAUGGUCUCUGUUAUCUACAUCUAUGGUAUAGAUAGGUUUAACGAGGAUAUUGAGUUUAUGAUUGGCCACAAGCCCAAUCUUUUCUGGCAGGUGACAUGGAGGGUGAUUAGUCCACUCAUUAUGGCGGUCAUCUUGGUUUUCUACUUUGUAACCCAAGUCACAAAGACUCUCACCUAUCUGGUGUGGGACCAGGAGGCGGAGAACUUCCCCACCCUCGAACCACGUCCAUAUCCUUCCUUUGUCUAUGCUAUCAUUUUCAUCCUGGCUGGAAUUCCAAGUUUAUCCAUCCCAGUGUUCGCCCUCUUCAAAUUCAUCCAGACAAAAUGCUGCAAGCAGGACUAUACUGAAGACAGUGUGAAAUCCAUCUCCGCCAAAAUACAAAUGAGCGACAAAGAGAAGUUUUAG